AUGGUCACGUUAUUCCGAGGAAAAGCACUGAGCGUAGCGCAGGCUUUGCUCAUUGUAGCACCGGCCUUCAUCGUCUUCGGUUACAACCAGUCUGGCUUGGGCCCUCUGGCUACAUUGCAGAGCUGGGUCAGUGUGUUCCCCGAAAUCGACACAAUCAACACAGAGGGUGCCCAGCGCGCACAAAACUCCACAGGCAAGGGUACCGUCAUCGGAUCCUUCCAGCUCGGUGCUCUAUUCGGAGCCUUGUCGUGUACAUUCCUGGGUGACCGUCUCGGUCGCCGCAAGACUAUCUUCUUGGGUGCUAUCCUUACUAUCAUCGGCCAACUGCUGCAGACCGCGGCUUAUGGCUUGCCACAAUUCGUCGUCGGCCGCGUCAUCCUCGGUCUCGGUGUCGGCCAAUUGAGUGUUGCCGUUCCUGUCUGGCAGUCCGAGUGCACGUCAGCUAAACAUCGUGGACAACACGUUGUCGUGGACGGUAUUUGUAUCUGUUUGGGUUAUGUGCUCUGUAACUGGAUUGAUUUCGGCUUGAGCAAAGUCGGCGGCUCAUUGCAAUGGCGUGUUCCAUUGGCCGUUUCCUUCUUCUUCUCCCUCGUUGUCGUGCUUUCGGUCUUCUUGCUCCCCGAGUCUCCUCGAUGGCUCGUGCGAGUUGGCCGCAUCGAAGAGGCCACCAGCAGUCUAGCUGCCUACAAGGGUCUGCCUGACGAUGAUGAGGCCGUCCGCGUUGAAAUCGCUGGUAUCGAGACCUCUCUCGAGAGUACGGUCAACAGCGCCUCCCUCAUGGAAAUCUUCACCUCUAGCAAGGCCGACGAUGAGCGCCUUAUCUACCGGUUCUGUCUUUGCGUCGCACUGCAAUUCUUCCAGCAGAUGUGUGGUGGUAACCUGAUCUCGACAUACGUGUCGACAAUCUUCGAAGAGAACCUCCACAUGUCCAGCGACCUGGCUCGCAUUCUGUCUUCAUGUGCUAUGACCUGGAAGUUCCUUUGCAGCUUCAUCUCCUUCUUCGCCAUCGACCGACUUGGCCGCCGAAAGAUCUUCAUGAUCAGCGGUACUGGUAUGGCUGUCUGUAUGACAGUUCUCGCCAUCACCAACAGCUUCGAGAACAACAAAACUGCGUCGAUUGUCUCGGCGGUCUUCAUCUUCCUUUUCAACUCGUUCUACCCUAUCGGUUUCCUCGGCGGUAACUUCCUCUACUGUACCGAAGUCGCUCCCAUGCGUCUCCGUGUCGCCAUGUCCGCCAUCUCGACUGGUAACCACUGGCUGUGGAACUUCGUGGUUGUCAUGAUCACCCCCGUCGCACUUGAUACCAUCGGGUACAGAUACUACAUUGUGUACGCUGUUAUCUCUGCCUGCAUUCCAGUCUCGGUUUACUUCUUCUACCCCGAGACCAUGAACCGCAACCUGGAGGCUCUGAACCAUGUCUUCCGUGAUGCCCCGACUGCAUGGGAUAUUGUCUCCAUGGCUCGUCACCUGCCCCAGGGUGAGGCUGCUGAGGUGGACUUGUGGAUGCGGACCGAGGAGAAGGGUGCGGUUGACCAGAAGGAGAAUGCUUAA